AUGAUCAAGAACUUCGCUCAGGAUAUGGCGAAAAUGGAGGUCGGAAAGAACUGGCCGUAUAGCUUCGUCAACCGUCAUCGUAACGAGCUUGGUUGUACCUGGUUCGAUGGAUUUGAUGUGGCGCGAAAGAGAGCCGACAGUGCUUCAAGGUAUAAAGAUUAUUUUGAGCUGAUACGCUCAAAAAUUGAGGAAUACGACAUCGCCUCUUGCAACACGUAUAGCAUGGACGAAAAAGGCUUUCUCUUGGGUGUCAUCAACCGAACUAAGAGAGUGUUCUCUCUCAAUCAGAAAAAGCAAGGCAAAUUGCUCGGUGCAUCGCAAGACGGCAAUCGAUCCUGGAUCACGUUCGUAGCUUGCAUCUGCCAGGACAUGACAUCGCUGCCUCCUUUUCUCAUCUACCAAGGCAAGCCAGGACAAGUUCAGGAUGCUUGGCUUACGGAAUUUGACCCAGAGCAUCAAUCAGCCUUCUUUACGACCUCAGAUACAGGCUGGACCAACCACGAGCUUGGAAAAGAGUGGCUUGUCGGCGUUUUUGAUCGGUUUACUAAGGCAAAGGCGCGAAACGGCCGCGAUUAUCGCCUUCUCAUUACCGAUGGCCACUCGAGCCAUAUUAAUAUGGACUUUCUGGAGUGGUGUGACCAGCAUCGGAUCAUCGUUGCGGUGUUUCCCCCCCAUUCUACUCAUCGGCUCCAGCCCCUGGACGUAUCUCUAUUCGGUCCCUUGUCGACGGCAUAUACAAAUCAGCUUAUCCGGUGGAUGGAAAAAACACAAGGACUUGUUGGGCUGUCCAAACGCGAAUUCUGGACCUUGUUUUGGAACGCAUUGGAGGCGUCCUUCUCCCCGGAGAACAUUGCAAGCGGGUGGAUGCGGACCGGCCUCCUGCCUUUGGACUCCGAAGUCGUCUUGUCACAGAUUGUGAAGAAGGAAUACGACGAUUCCGAUGUAGGCAGCGAUUCGGAAGACUCCCUAGCAUUGCAGCAACCUACCGCUCGAGAAUUACGACGGCUUGUCGACAAAGUGGUCGAUAAAUCCACCGCCAAUGCUGAAGUCAGUGCUCAGAAGCUGAAGAGCACUCUUGAAAGCCUUCAAUCCGAGGUUGAGCUGCUUAGAUAUGAGAACAAGGGACUCCCCCGCAAAAAGUGGCUCAAGCUCGAGAAGAAGCGAAGAAGCAAGAGAAAGCGGCCAGUCGACAACUUCGAGACGAUCUCAAAGCCGCCAGAUCAGCCAAAGGACGGGUUAGUAAAGAAGCUGUUGAGAGUGAUCGGGAGAUGGUAG